AUGGCGGCCUUUAACCUGCUAUUGGUCGAAGCGGCCGCAAUGGACGAACCACCGCCAACUCCCGCAUUGCCCCUCAUCUCCGACUCCAAGCACAACCGCAUCGUCAUCUGGCGCGACGAGGUCGUGUCAGCAUCCGCCUCAUAUGCCGCCGCCAGCAACUAUUCCGCCCCGUCACUCAUCACCACAACCACCGCGUCGUCUACAUCCCUCUCGCCCUCAGAACUCGCCACCAUGUCGCGAAGCUCACGGCUGUGGUACAAGGUGAAGACGCAGUUCACAGGCAAGCGCCGCAGCAGCGUGACAGCAGCCAAUGCCGACGUGCCAGAAUUCAUGAUGCCCCCGCGAAAGGGCGAUGUCACGCGAACCGCCAUGUACCAGAACUUGCGGUCGGGAGAUACGGGCGACGACGAGGUGGUUCCAGGCCAAGAGAGCAAUGGUCGCGGACGAGGUCUUUGGGAGAAGCAGAAGAGGCUGCUCAGGGCUUCCAAACUAUUGAGCCAACACCAUUAACCGAUGGGGCGGAUUUGCUCUGCAGGAGAAAGGGGGACAAAAAGUUCAUCGACACAAAGUUUCAACCUACAAACAGAAGGCAGCCUCCACAUUGACGACGCAAACGACUCCGAGAUGACUCUCAUCACACCCGUUCUAUACCAUCCAUCUUCGAGAUGGGACACUCAUAAUAUAACGUUGGCAUGUUUAAUAGGUAAUUACAUGGGAAAGCGAUCUAUUUAUACCACAAACCUCAUACUGGUCACAUCUAAUCUCUCUCUUUUCCUUUUGUCUGUUUUUUUUUCCUUCCCUUGGAAGGGUGGAGGUUGCAUUUUUUGUAUCUUGUCCUACGUGGAUGUUGCUUUAUAGACGGCUUGUCUGUUUUUUAAGAUUCCCAC